AUGUUUGAGGCGGUUGAUGGAGUGGCCGACGCCAAAACAGUUGGCAUCUUGCUGCCCAAUAACGAGGAGGAGGAGAAUGUUGAAGGCAUAGGCAAAGAAACUUUACCAAAACGUCCAAGGAUGGAUGCUGCAAGUUUCAGCAAAGAAAAAGCGCCAAGCGAGAACUGGCUGGCUGCAAUGGUGGCGGGUGAAAAUAUGGUCCUCAAGGAGAUAUUGGACGAGCUGGUGGAGCUAAAAAAGAAUUCACAAGAGAUGCUAGAGGAGCGCAAGAAAACCAAUUUAAUUUUAGAAAAAUUAGUUUUGGCUAUUGAGAAUAAAUUCAAAUGAUUAUUAAAAUUAA